AUGGCCUACGUAUUGACAGAAACCUCCGCUGGUUAUGCGUUGUUGAAGGCGUCGGACAAGAAGAUCUACAAGUCGUCGUCGUUAAUCCAAGACCUUAACUCGUCCGACAAGGUGUUGAAGCAAUUCAAAGUGGCCGCUUUCUCCAAAUUUGGAUCCGCCGCAGAAGCUUUGCAAGAAGCUAACAGCAUCGUCGAAGGUAAAGUCUCCACCCAGCUACAAAAAUUGCUGGACGAGAGCAAAGCCGACAAGAAGGCCACUUUGGUGGUCUCUGAAACCAAGUUGGCCAACGCUAUCAACAAGUUGGGACUAAACUUCAAUGUGGUUUCUGAUGCCGUCACUUUAGACAUCUUCAGAGCCGUCAAGGAAUACCUACCAGAGCUUUUGCCUGGUAUGUCUGACAACGACUUGUCCAAAAUGUCUUUGGGUCUAGCUCACUCUAUUGGCCGUCACAAACUUAAGUUUUCUGCUGAUAAGGUUGACGUCAUGAUCAUUCAAGCCAUUGCCUUGCUCGACGAUCUAGACAAAGAGCUUAACACCUACGCCAUGAGAUGUAAGGAAUGGUACGGCUGGCAUUUCCCAGAAUUGGCCAAGAUUGUUACCGAUUCUGUUGCUUUUGCUCGUAUUAUCUUGACCAUGGGUGUCAGAUCAAACUGUGCUGAUACUGAUCUCAGCGAAAUUUUGCCUGAAGAGAUUGAAGAGCGCGUUAAAGCUGCUGCCGAAAUCUCCAUGGGUACUGAGAUUACUCCAAUCGAUUUGGAAAACAUUAAAUGUCUUGCCACGCAAAUCACAGAGUUUGCAGCUUACAGAGAGCAACUGUCCAACUAUCUAUCCGCUAGAAUGAAGGCUAUUGCGCCAAAUUUGACUCAACUAGUAGGUGAAUUGGUCGGUGCCAGAUUGAUUGCCCACUCCGGUUCUCUAAUCAAUUUGGCCAAGUCUCCAGCCUCUACCAUUCAGAUCUUGGGUGCUGAGAAAGCUUUGUUCAGAGCUCUAAAGACUAAGCACGACACUCCUAAGUAUGGUCUACUGUACCAUGCUUCUUUGGUCGGCCAGGCUACUGGUAAGAACAAGGGUAAGAUUGCCAGAGUGUUGGCCGCUAAGGCCGCUGUUUCUCUACGUUAUGAUGCUUUGGCUGAAGACAGAGACGACUCUGGCGAUGUUGGUUUGGACUCUAGAUCGAAAGUCGAAAGCAGACUCUCGCAGUUGGAAGGCAGGGACCUAAGAACCACUCCAAAGGUUGUUCGCGAAGCGAAGAAGGUAGAAAUCACAGAAGCGAGAGCCUACAACGCCGAUGCCGACACUGCCACUGAAGCGGCUCCAGCCGCUGCCGACUCUGAUGAAGAGGAGUCUGAUUCUGAUUCUGAAGUCGAAAAGAAGGAGAAGAAGGAGAAGAAGGAAAAGAAGGAAAAGAAGGAAAAGAAGGACAAGAAGGACAAGAAGGACAAGAAAGACAAGAAGAGAAAGAGAGACGAAGAUUCUGAAGACAAGGAGUCCAAGAAAUCCAAGAAGGACAAAAAGGACAAAAAGGAUAAGAAAUCUAAAAAGGACAAGAAAUAA